AUGUUCGGAGCAUUCAGGCCUACAAAUGCUCUAUCUGGGGGUCUUCUCUGGAAGAUCCCAUGGCGGCUCUCGAAAUUCCAAAAAGCGCGACAACGCAAACGUUUACGGGCUGUCGAUUCCGUAGUUGCGACUCUUGAUAAGGCAUUGGCGAAGCAGAGUAUUACAACGAAGGCAGUGGAGAGAUGGAAGGGGGAGAUGCCUGUUGAGCAGGAGAUGGUACCCAAAGACAAGUACACGAUAUUCGAUCGUAAGGAGAAGAAGUACAGGAAGAGCAUCCGAAGUGAGCAUCCCCCAGAACUCGUAGGAGCCCGGAAUUAUACUGAUUGGGUCUUAGAACUACCAAAAUGGACCAGGGUGUCACAACGGAUCAAUCCUCCUGGAUACUGA